AUUUCGGACAAAACUACGGCAAAUAUCGAUUCGAUUUCGAUAAAUAUCGGUUCCAAUUCCGCUGCCCGUCUUAAGCUAAACUAAUAAUCAAGCGAACCAAUAACCCCCAAAUUUAUUGUGUCAAUAUUUAUAUGGGCUUAUGAGUUUUUUCAAACUAUAUCUUAUAAAAUAUAAAAGAGCAUCAUUUGAUUGUUUUUUUUCAAUAUGAAAACAUGAAAUGUCAAAUAUUACAUUCUAAUCGCGACUUAUCGAUUAAAUUUUCUCAGCGACCGUUCUUCACCGAUCUCUUCAGGCUAUAUUUCACCGGAGCCUCCAUCAACCGCCGGUGAACCUUUAUCUCUCUCGCCGUAUGUAGAUGUAGAAGACAAGAACAAAAAUAUUGAGUUGGAUUUUAGGGCUAGAAAGUGGCUCCAACAAUGGUGGUGGCUUCAGGAACCAAUGCAUUUUCCAAAGAGAUGGCCAUCAGAAAACGCAUUGCCAACAUCUAUAAUAAAAGAGAAGAGAAUUUUCCAUCAUUGCGUGAAUACAAUGAUUAUUUAGAGGAAGUUGAGGAUAUGAUAUUCAAUUUAAUAGAAGGCAUUGAUGUUCCUGCUAUUGAGGCAAAGAUCGCACAGUACCAGAGAGAAAAUGCAGAACAAAUCAUGAUUGCUCAAGCACGUAAGGCUGAAGAAUAUGCAGCAGCCUUGGCAGCCAGCAAGGGACAGCCUACGCAAUCCAAUGGAGAUGCUUUGGGCCAAGGCCCUCAGGCAGGGUCCAGUACUGGUCCACAAGGGCACUAUGCCCCUGCAAUAGCCGGAGGCAUAGCUCAGCCACGGCCAACACAACCUCUCCCAGUUGGAUCAUUUCCAGAUAUGCUAGGGGGAGAGUACGACGAUGAUGAAAAGAUGAAACUAAGAACUGAAAGGGCUGCUAAGGCUGGGGGGUGGAGUUUAGAAAUAAGCAGGAAAAGGGCACUUGAAGAAGCCUUUGGAAGCCUAUGGGUCUGAAAGUUGGACACCCGUUUCCAAGAUUGUUCCAGCUGUGGAUUUUGGCAAAAAUUGUGUAAAGUAGCAGUCCAUUCUGGAUUACUCAGAGAAGUACCAUCAUUGGAGCAGCAUUUCAGCAUUCAUCUUGAACAACGUUUUUUGUUCUUAGAUGGUGUUUUGUAAAACUUACCAAAUUCUGUCUUGUCAUAGAAUGUCUUUGGUUUUUGUAAGAUUUCUUCUCAAGAGACCUCAGCUUGCCUCUCCACACGACCGUUGACCUCAUGUUAUUUAUUGUUGGAGAUUUUGGUUCUUAUCUAGCUGCUCUUUUUUAGCCCUAUAUUUCCUUGUAUGAACAAUUUAAGGUUCAGCAGAACUUCGUUUUGGAUAAAACUUUACAGAGAAUUCAGGUGGCAUUGGCAAGGAUUACAUUAACUAGAGAGCACGCUUUGGUGGCAUUUGGUGAGCCCGACAUUGCUUCGCGUGGCGAGAAAUUUAUUGAGUUGUUUUGGUUUUUUUCUUUUAAAUCUCUUAGGGUUGCUCCGUUUUUCCUUUAUCUAACAGAGUCAUGAUUAUUCAUUCGUAAUGAAGUCAUGUGACUAAUUUUAAACUUCUUUGUCGUAUUUGGAGAUGAAUUGGUAUUAUUGCGUGGCAAUUGAUUUAUUGAUGGA